AUGUCCAUACCAGAAAAGAGAAAAGUAGAAAAUGAGGAUCCUGACGAAUAUACGCCAGAGCCAAAAAGGACACAAGUGGAGGCACCUGGAGAUGAGAAUGAACAGGAUGCCGCUGAGAAAGACAUAGUUUUAGAUGAUUACCGAGCAUGGGAGAAACACCUCAAUUACAUAAUAUGCCAAGGAAAUGAAGAAGAAAUAAAUAGGUCGUUUGAAAAGUUUCUUUCACAGUACUGCAACGAUGGAGAAAAAUGGGCAGAUUAUAUUGAAUUUAAAAUGAAGGAUAAGACAUUAGAGACGGUGGACAGAAUAUGGAUUGAAUCGAAAUUUGCAAAAGUUCUACCGAAAAUUUAUAGUAUCAAGUUGUGGAGAAGAUAUGUGAAGUAUGUUGAAUUUAUCAAUCCAAUUACACCAGAUAAUGGGGAGAAAGCACGCAGUACGGUUUUCAAAGCAUAUAAAUUUGCGAUUGAUACAGUUGGUAACGAUUUUUUCAAGAGUGAUGAACUGUGGGGCGAUUACUUGAGGUAUCUAUACAAUUGGCAAACAGUUAAUUCCAACGAGAGCACGACCAAGGAAGGUAUGAUCAGAAGUGUACUAAAAAAGAUGAUUAGUUAUCCUAGUUUGAAAUUAGAAGAAAAUUGGAAUAUUUUCAUAAAAUUUGAAGCUGAUUUGAAUAUUAACAAAUCACGUAAGAUAAUUGCCGAUUGUACACCUGAAUAUUUGAAAAUCAAGAGUAUCAAUGACGAGCUGAAAAAACUCACCAAGAAUAUUACUGAACUCAAGGAUAGGAGAUACGUCAAACGUCAACUAGUUAAAUGGCAAAAAUGGAUUGAAUGGGAGAAGGAGAACCAUUUAAAGAUAAGUCCAGAGGAUGUUGACAGGAGGGUCAACUAUGUGUAUAAUCUGUCGGUCCAGUAUUGCCGUUUAAUUCCUGAAGUUUGGUUCAAUUACUAUUAUUACCUUAUCUUAGAAAGGAAUGACAAGACCAAGUCAAUUGAUAUACUAGAGAUGGGACAUUCCGUUAACCCAACCAGUUUACUAUUGUGCAACGAGAUGUCUAGAUAUUAUGAGAGUAAAGGCGACUUGGAAAAGGUGAGAAAAGUGUGGCUAGAACUGAUUGAAAGGAUUGAGAAAAGCAAGACCUAUUCUAAUAAGGAUGAAAUCGUAUCAUAUCUUUAUUGUGAUUUGUUGAAAGUAGUGAACAGAAUUUCCAAUAUCAAAGAGGUUCGGAACAUCUUCAAGCUUGCCAGAAAAUAUAUGAAUAUAAAAUGGAACGUGUACGUCACAUAUGCAAUGAUUGAAUAUUAUAACAAUGAGGCCAAAAUUGCCAAUAGAUCAUUUGCAUUAGGAAUGCAAUACUUCAAGAGAGAAGUUCACUUUGUUGAAAAAUACCUGGAUUUCUUAAUCGACACACGGGACAUGGCCAAUUUCAAGAAAGUGAUUGAAAUAUCAAUUGAAAACUUUAAAGAAGUUAGUGACGAUCGGGCACUGAAGAUACUAUUCAAUAAGUACUACGAAGUUGAGGAAAGAAUUGGUGAUUCUGAGAGCAUGAAUUCACUGAUAACUCGGUAUAGCGCGUUAUUUGGAAAGGCCAAGAUAUCUAACUUCAUUAGAAGUGGACUCAAGAACAAUUUUAAUGGUGUUGAUGUUGUCAGGAUACUCGAUGAGUACAAGGAGAUAGCGGAGAGUAACGAUAGUGACGUUGAAAUUACGGGAAGUGGAAGUGUUACGUCUGUUAUCGAAGGCUUGAAGGAGGAGACACGGCCUGCUGAGGAGAACAAGAGAGAAGCCAAUGAAGAAAAUGAACUCAUGGCCAAACUACAAGGGUUCCUCCAGGCCUUGCCAAAAGAUGCACAAAUCCAAGAACAGAUCAAGGUGUUGAGCAUUGGACAAUUAAUGGACCAUUUUGGUGUAUAG